UUCCUCCAAGUUCGGCAGUUUGAAAAAAAAAAGGAAAAGCAUUAGAAUAGCAUUAGAAUAGCAACUGUCUUUUGAGAGAGAAUUUAGAAUUUGAACACAUCAAAUCGCUGUUCAUUUGAACAAAAACUAAUCUCAAAGGAAGAGACAGUAGUAGUCAUGGACCUAGAACAAGAUGGUGAACAAAAGACCAAUAGCAGCUCUAGUGAGAAGGAACUGGACAGAGAUAAAGAUAUUUUAGAUGAUAAAGACCAGAACACCAAAGAGGGAGCCCAAAACCGCAGAGUGGUUUUGAUUGUAGCAUGCUUGGGCUUCAUAUGUAUAUUUCUUUUAGCUGCCAUUGUAGUACUGCAUAUCAAACUCAUGGCAGAUAAAGAUAUAGAAGUUACACAGAUGUUACAGUCCAAUGCAAGAUGUCAAACUGAGAAAGACCAGCUACAGCACACCAUCAGCUCUCUGAGUGAGAAGAACCAGAAGAAAAGAGUCAACGAUCCCACUUUUGAAAUAAGCCAGUUACUGAGGAAUUUGGACUUUUUCAAGCAGAAGAAUCAGGAGUUGGAGAAAACAGUCGAUCAGCUCUUUUCUGAAAAAAGCCAGUUAGAGAGAAAAUAUGAUUAUUUGAAUCAGACGAAAUUGGAGCUUGAAAAAACGUUCAACAAUCUCACUUCUGAAUACAGCCAGUUACAAAGAAGUUUUGAAUCCUUGAGUCAGAAGAAUCGGGAGUCAGAGAAAAGAUUCAAUAAUCUUACUUCUGAGGAAAUCCAGUUACAAAAAAAUAUGGAAUCUUUCAAUCAGAAGAAUCAGGAAUUGGAGGAAAAAAACAAUCAGUUACAAAGAAGUUUUGAAUCUUUGAGUCAGAAGAAUCAGGAGUUGGAGAAAAGAGACAACAAUCUUACUUCUGAAAAAAGUCAGUUACAGAGAAAAUAUGACUCUUUGAAUCAGACAAAACUGGAGCUUGAAACAACCGUCAAAAAUCUCACUUCGGAAAAGAGUCAGUUACAAAGAAGUUUUGAAUCUUUGAGUCAGAAGAAUCAGGAGUCGGAGAAAAGAUUCAAUAAUCUUACUUCUGAAUGCAGCCAGUUACAAAGAGGUUUUGAAUCAUUGAGUCAGAAGAAUCAGGAGUCGGAGAAAAGAGUCAAUGAUCUCUCUUCUAAGAAAAGCCAGUUACAGAAAAAUGUGGACUCUUUCAAGCAAAAGAAUCAGGAGUUGGAGAAAAGAGUCGAUCAGCUCUCUUCUGAAAAAAGCCAGUUGAAGGGAAGUUUUGACUCUUUGAAUCAGACGAAACUGGGGCUGGAAAUUCAAGUCAACAAUCUAACGUCUGAAUGCAGCCAGUUACAAAGAAGUUUUGAAUCCUUGAGUCAGAAGAAUCAGGAGUCGGAGAGAAGAGUCAAUAAUCUUACCUCUGAGAAAAGCCAGUUGCAGAAAAAUUUGGACUCUUUCAAGCAGAAGAAUCAGGAAUUGGAGAAAAAAGUCAAUGAUAUCUCUUCUGAAAAAAGCCAGUUACAGACAAGUUUUGACUCUUUGAGUCAGAAGAAUCUGGAGUUAGAGACUGAGCUAAGCAAGUGUUUUAAGAAAGAUUUUUCAGGUUCAGGUUUGUUCUUGUCCAGUGAAGCAAUGAACUGGUCUGACAGCAGGAAGUACUGCAGGGAUCGUGGCGCUGAUCUGGUCACUAUCAAAAAUAUUGACAAGCAGAAGUUCAUUUCUUCAUUCGUCAAGGACGUUGUGUGGAUUGGUUUGUCUGACAUAGAAAACGAGGGGAAAAUGAAAUGGGUGGAUGAGUCAUCACCGAAACAAGGGUUUUGGGCUGGGGGCGAGCCAAAUAAUGCUGGUGGAAAUGAAGACUGUGUUGAACUGAUCCCUUCCUCUGAUGUCCUGAAAAACUGGAACGAUGCCUCAUGCGCAGAUAAGAAAAGAGGGAUUUGUGAGAAGUAGCAUUGCUUCCUUCAUCUUCCUGAUGUUUAAUAAUGCUUGAGCUAUUUUUAGUUGUUUUUAUAUCAUCUUUUAAGCUAUUUUAAUAAUACAGUUGUAAUUAAUUUUUGUGGUUUUGCUGUGUUGGUUUCUUACUGCAGUAAUAAAUCUCACAGCACUCUGUUACACAUGGACUGCAUUAUGGGUAAUCUCAGACAAUAACAUUUCUUAUGUUCUUCAUCAGAAGCAGCUGUAUGUAAAAGAGCCACACAGAUGGGAAAUCAAAAAUUACCUGUAUUACAGUGUAUGAUGUAGCUGUCCAUCAGUGUA